AUCACCCUCACCAUCACUCUCUGAUCUAACAAUGGCCGCCACUUCAUGUUUCUUGCACCACCACCACGCAUUAUCAACUCCAGCUAGAUCAUCACCUUCACCUCGUCAGGUGCCACUCAACAAACCCACCCACCUCAUCGUCUGCCGUUCACAGAAACGAGCUUCAGAUACUGACGCCUCGAUCUCUCGCCGGUUGGCUCUCACUGUUCUCAUCGGAGCAGCUGCCGUUGGCACCAAGGUUUCACCGGCGGAUGCCGCCUAUGGUGAAGCUGCGAAUGUGUUUGGGAAGCCAAAGUCGAACACAGACUUCAAGCCAUACGACGGAGAUGGGUUCAAGCUGUCGCUUCCGGCGAAGUGGAACCCUAGCAAGGAGGUGGAGUUUCCCGGUCAGGUGCUUAGAUAUGAAGAUAACUUCGAUACCACAAGCAAUCUUUCUGUGAUGAUUACUCCCACCGACAAGAAAUCCAUCACUGAUUUUGGUCCACCUGAGGAGUUCCUCAGCAAGGUCGAUUACUUGCUUGGGAAACAGGCUUAUUUCGGGAAAACUGAUUCUGAGGGAGGGUUUGAACCCGAUGCAGUUGCCACAGCAAACAUAUUGGAGGUUGCAUCUCCGGUUGUGGACGGAAAGCAAUACUACUCGUUGUCCGUGUUAACAAGGACGGCUGACGGAGAUGAGGGUGGAAAGCACCAGUUGAUCACCGCCACCGUGUCUGGCGGAAAACUUUACAUCUGCAAGGCGCAAGCAGGUGACAAAAGAUGGUUCAAAGGAGCAAAGAAAUUCGUUGAGGGCACUACAUCUUCGUUCAGUGUAGCUUAAUCGAAAUCGAGCUUGUAAUUAGUAUUCGCCAUGAAUGCAUCCCUGCUAAGAGUAUAUUAUGGCGUUUCUUUUGUCAUCGUGUUCCUUUGAUCAAAUGAUUGUGGAUAAAUUGUCUAAACUUAAUCAAUAUAAGGACCCCCUUUUGCAAUUAUUCUGC